CGAUUUCUUUCUCACCCCUUACUUCAAAUUUUUAUUUCUUCUUGUCAUUUUCAGUACCGUGUCAGGGCUGGCAUCUGAUCAUCGUCAACCUUUGUUUAAUCCCCUCAAUUUCUCAGUUAAACCCUAAUUCAUGUGAAUUAUCGCUCCUAAUGUACCGAUUUCUGGGGUUUCCUUGAUGAGCAACCGUCGGAGGAUUUUGUGACACGGUGGAGGGAGCGGUAAGAUGGCGCGGCAAAUGACUUCCUCCCAGUUUCACAAAUCGAAGACUCUCGACAACAAAUACGUCAGCUUAAUUUCCUCAAUUUUCUCGGAUUUAAAUCGGGGAUGCUGGGAGAUGAAAUUGGGAAAGGAGCUUAUGGUCGAGUUUAUAAAGGAUUAGAUCUUGAAAAUGGGGACUUUGUGGCCAUUAAGCAAGUCUCCUUGGAGAAUAUUGCUCAGGAGGAUCUUAAUAUUAUCAUGCAAGAAAUCGAUCUAUUGAAGAACUUGAACCAUAAAAACAUUGUGAAAUAUCUUGGGUCAUUGAAGACAAAGACUCACCUUCAUAUUAUUCUGGAGUAUGUUGAAAAUGGCUCACUUGCAAACAUUAUAAAACCAAAUAAAUUUGGACCUUUCCCAGAAUCGCUGGUAGCAGUUUACAUUGCUCAGGUCUUGGAAGGCUUGGUAUAUCUGCAUGAACAGGGUGUGAUUCAUCGCGAUAUCAAGGGUGCGAACAUUUUGACAACCAAGGAGGGUCUUGUCAAGCUUGCUGACUUUGGAGUUGCAACUAAACUAAAUGAGGCUGAUGUCAACACUCAUUCAGUAGUAGGAACUCCAUACUGGAUGGCCCCAGAGGUUAUUGAAAUGUCCGGAGUUUGUGCUGCUUCUGACAUUUGGAGUGUUGGGUGCACAGUUAUCGAGCUUUUGACGUGUGUGCCUCCUUACUAUGAUUUGCAACCCAUGCCGGCCCUCUUCCGUAUUGUUCAGGAUGACCACCCUCCGAUUCCUGAUAGCCUGUCUCCAGACAUUACUGACUUCCUGCGUCAGUGCUUUAAGAAGGAUGCUAGGCAGAGGCCUGAUGCUAAGACACUGCUUUCUCACCCCUGGAUACGGAACUCUAGACGUGCAUUGCAGUCAUCACUCCGUCAUAGUGGAACUCUCAGAUAUAUUCAGGAAGCCUCUGCAGAAUCAGAAAGUGCUGAUGAAGAUGGCCAAGGUGCAACUGAAACCCUUCCAGCGGUAAAACUGAGUAUAUCAAAAACUAAAUCGAAAAGCAAAUUACAUCUUGAGGAGGUUGCAAGUUUGAGAUCGGACAAGGAUCAAUCCUUACCCAGUGAUCUUGAUGAUGAACGAGCAGAUAAUUCGGAAGAUGGUCUAAUGUCAGAUCAGGUUCCUACAUUUUCUAUUCACGGGCAAUCGGCCCUUCAAUCUGGCUCUAGCUUAGUCUCUUCAGAUGCAAAGAUGCCUUCUCAAGAUUUAUCAGAGUAUCAUGGGAAGUUUGACCAUGAUGAAACACCUGAAAAUGGUGAAGUGGAAACUUCUGAAACAAGGAGAAAUAUUGUAGGAACAAAACAGGUGGAAAAAGAAAGUUCCUUCCUGGCUGAACAGGCAUCACGUGGUUUUGGACAAAAGGGCCAAGAUCGUGGUCUUCACAAGACUGUGAAGACUCCAUCAAAUGUUGGAGGGAAUGAACUGACUAGAUUUAGUGAUCCUCCUGGAGAUGCUUCUUUGGAUGAUCUGUUUCAUCCAUUGGAUAAAGGUACUGAACGAAAACCAAAUGAAGCCUUAACAUCUGCACCCACAUCAAAUGUCAACCAGGACGAUUCUCCUGUGGCCGAUGGUGGAAAGAAUGACUUGGCCACAAAGUUGAGAGCUACAAUUGCUCAGAAACAAAUGGAGGGUGAAACUGGGCAGUCAAAUGAUGGUGGUGACCUUUUCCGCUUGAUGAUGGGUGUUCUAAAGGAUGAUGUUAUAGACAUUGAUGGUUUGGUAUUUGAUGAAAAAUUGCCUGCGGAGAAUCUCUUUCCUCUGCAGGCAGUCGAGUUUAGCAGAUUAAUGAGCUGUUUGAGGCCGGAUGAAUCAGAAGAUACAAUAGUAUCUACCUGUCAAAAACUUAUUGGUAUAUUUCGUCAAAGAUCUGCGCAGAAAGCUGUUUUUGUUACACAGCAUGGUUUCCUGCCUCUAAUGGAUCUGCUCGACAUUCCUAAAUCUCGUGUUAUAUGCUCCGUGCUGCAGCUGAUAAACGAAAUCAUUAAAGAUAACACAGACUUCCAGGAAAAUGCUUGUCUUGUUGGCCUUAUACCUGUUGUCAUGAGUUUUGCUGGUCCUGAUCGGGAUCGUUCGCGAGAAGUUCGUAGGGAAGCGGCCUAUUUCUUGCAGCAGCUCUGUCAAUCAAGCUCGUUGACGUUGCAAAUGUUCAUUGCUUGCCGAGGCAUACCCGUUUUGGUUGGAUUCCUUGAAGCUGAUUACGCAAAAUACAGGGAGAUGGUUCACUUAGCGAUUGAUGGGAUGUGGCAGGUAUUUAAGCUCCAGAGAUCAACCCCGAGAAAUGACUUCUGUCGUAUAGCUGCAAAGAAUGGAAUUCUGCUUAGAUUAAUCAACACUCUGUACAGCUUGAAUGAGGCGACUCGAUUGGCUUCUAUAUCAGGGGGCACCUUGGCUGUGGAUGGUCAAGCUCCACGGGCACGCUCUGGUCAACUUGAUCCUAAUCAUCCUAUUUUUAUUCAAAAUGAGCUAUCACUCAGUGCUAUUGAUCAGCCUGACGCAUUGAAAACUAGACAUGGAGGUGGUGAAGAGCCUUCUCGUGCUUCUACUUCACAAUCCCAAAGAUUAGACGUCAAUCAGCCAGAUCCCAGACACCCAGACGGUGAGAGGCCCAGAUCGAGCAGUGUUGCACCAGAGGCUUCAACUUCAACUGCAGAAGUUGAUGUUAGACAGCAGAGGAUAUCCCUCUCUGCCAACAGGACAUCUACAGACAGGCUUCAGAAGUUGGCGGAAGGUGCAUCUAAUGGUUUUCCGAGCACGAUCGCCUCUCAACCCGAACAAGUUCGGCCUUUGCUUAGCUUGCUGGAGAAGGAACCUCCUUCCAGACAUUUUUCUGGUCAACUGGAUUAUGUGAAGCACAUCACUGGUAUAGAGAGACAUGAAAGCAUACUUCCCCUUCUGCAUGCGACAAAUGAGAAGAAAACUAAUGAAGAGCUAGAUUUUUUGAUGGCUGAAUUUGCAGAGGUCUCUGGGCGUGGAAGAGAAAAUGGUAAUCUUGAUACCACAACUAGAUAUUCCAGUAAAACAGUGACAAAGAAGGUUGCAGCUACUGAAGGAGCUGCUUCUACAUCUGGGAUUGUAUCUCAGACGGCAUCUGGAGUACUCUCAGGUUCAGGUGUUCUAAAUGCUAGACCUGGUAGUGCCACAUCAUCCGGUUUACUUGCCCACAUGGUUUCAACACUGAAUGCGGACGUUGCCCGGGAGUACUUGGAGAAAGUGGCUGAUCUCCUCCUCGAAUUUGCUCGGGCGGAUACAACAGUAAAAUCAUACAUGUGUAGCCAAAGCUUGCUUAGUCGUCUUUUCCAGAUGUUCAACCGUGUAGAACCUCCUAUCCUUCUGAAGUUACUAGAGUGCAUCAAUCACUUAUCCACCGAUCCAAAUUGCUUGGAGAACCUUCAGCGGGCAGAUGCGAUUAAGCAUUUGAUCCCCAACCUCGAGCUUAAGGAUGGGCCUCUUGUGUAUCAAAUCCACCAUGAGGUGCUUAGCGCGCUAUUCAACCUGUGCAAGAUAAACAAGAGGAGACAGGAACAAGCGGCCGAAAAUGGAAUCAUACCGCACCUGAUGCAUUUUAUAAUGACGGAUUCUCCUCUGAAACAGUAUGCAUUACCGCUACUGUGUGAUAUGGCGCAUGCAUCUCGUAAUUCGAGAGAGCAGUUAAGGGCCCAUGGUGGUCUAGAUGUAUACUUGAGCUUGCUGGACGAUGAAUUUUGGUCUGUGAUAGCCUUAGAUUCAAUUGCUGUCUGCUUGGCUCAUGACAAUGACAACCGAAAGGUGGAGCAUGCUUUGCUUAAGAAGGAUUCUAUCCAGAAACUGGUUAAAUUCUUCCAGAGCUGUCCAGAGAGACACUUUGUGCACAUAUUGGAGCCAUUCUUGAAGAUUAUCACGAAAUCAUCUCGAAUCAAUACAACCUUAGCUGUAAAUGGGUUGACUCCUUUACUUAUCUCGAGGCUGGACCACCAAGACGCCAUUGCUCGGCUUAAUCUCUUGAAACUUAUCAAGGCUGUGUAUGAGCACCAUCCACGGCCAAAACAGCUAAUUGUAGAGAAUGACCUCCCUCAGAAACUGAAAAACCUCAUAGAGGAACGGCGAGAUGGACAGCGUUCAGGAGGACAAGUUCUUGUUAAACAAAUGGCUACAUCUCUUCUCAAAGCCCUUCACAUCAACACUGUCUUAUGAAAAAUCCAUCCUUUGUCCAUUUUACGAAUCUUUCUCCUGAGUGUAUAUUUUGUUCCGAUUCCUUUUUUGAGGAAGAUUUAGCGAUGAUUGUCGCUUUUGUCAACUGUAUAUUUCUCAGAUUUCGAACCAUACAAACACCAGGAGAUGGCAGAGGUCGAAUCUAAGGCUUUGUAAUGGAAGCGGUGGUGGUUGUCUGGUGGCUCUGCUGUUUUUAGGCCCCCAAGAGCUGCCGACAACUCAGGUUUUGUGGUCUGUUUUUCUGUCUCUUGCUUGGUGUGGAAGUUACCUUUUUAGGUUUGUAAUAUGCGUGGGCUCUACGUAACAUGAAAUGUGACGUGAACGUGAUUGUGUUGAAUCCUCA